AGUUUGGAUUGGGAGAGAGAGAGAGAGAGAGAUCAGGGAUGAAGGCAGGCCUAAUAGUUGUACAGUAAAUAAGAGAGAGGGAUAGCGGUAAAGAUAAAUAGUGAGGGAAGGGUUACAGGUGUCUUUCUUCAUUCCUCCAGAAAAAAGCAUCUCCACUGAACAGAUGGAGUGUAACUGUAAUUCCUCUCUGGGUGCUUUUUCCUCGACUUACUGGAGCAGAACAGUGCUUUUUCCUGAUUGGGCGUAUAAACCAGCGUGGUCUCCAGGCUCACGGCAGGUGCAGUUAUGGCACUUCCUGUUAGAGCUAUUAGGGCGUGGUGAAGGCGGAGCUAUCACGUGGGGCAGCGAAUGGGGAGAGUUUGUAAUCAGAGACCCAGAGAGAUUGGCUAAACUGUGGGGGGAGAGGAAGGGCAAGCCACACAUGAAUUAUGACAAACUCAGCAGAGCUUUAAGGUAUUAUUAUAAUAAGCGAAUUUUGCACAAGACCAAAGGAAAACGUUUCACCUACAAGUUUAAUUUCAGCAAACUAAUCUUAGUGAAUUACCCAAGUUUUCCAACUUGCCCACAGAAUACAGCAUCUGUACCUUUCUCUGCCUUUCCUUCUCAGCUUUCCUUCUACAACCCUUCUAUUGACAGGGCUGUACAGUCAAUUUCUCAUCCCCUUCUGAUGCCAUACAGCUUCCCCAAACCCCUCCCCUUUCCUCAGGCACAUCCAAUCCAAAGGCAAUUUCCCCUCUUUUCUGGACCGCCUUCCUCAGGGACUAACCUAUCAGAGCUCUCCUGCCAGUCACCAGUCAACUCCGCCCUGCAGUUCACCCAAACUUUAAACUGGCCAGUCAAAAGCUACACAGAGUGGCCUUUCAGCCGAGUCAUGGGAUUACAAGAGAGGACUAAAAGUGGACCACAAGACAAAAACCAUCACAAUGAAGAAGACAAAAAAAAUAUUUCCUGAAACCAAGUUUUGUUGUUAUCAUUAUUAUUGUUUUUUAUCAUAAUUAUCUCUUUUUGUUUUAAGUUUAUACAUUCUCAUUGGAUGGUUGAGAGCAAAGCACUUUAUAUAUCUGACACUAUACCUUCAUCCUCUCCCCAGGACAUUUUGACCCGGAAUUCAUUUUCUUUUAAUUUUUAGAAAUUGAGUGUUCAUCGGAGUGUUACAAAACCUUGUCAUUCACAUUUGAAAUUGGAAUGCACACAAAAAUUGACUGGAUUCAAGGAGUUGUUGUGGUUGUAAUAAAAAAUAGUAACAAAU